AUGGCCUUUUCGUAUUCUUCUUCGCCGGUCGAAAUCGUUCUUCCGGUUCGAGUUGAAACCGUUUUGGACAAAAUCUACAAGAAACACAAUCAAUCUCCGAUAACAAUGGAGACAAGGAAGAGACUUUCUGAGGAAUUAGCUUUGGAAACUCUCAGUAAAGUUCACAAUGCGUAUCAUGUGAAAGGGACAAUUGAUGGGUUCAUCAGUUUUCUACUUGGCAAGUCCGUUACUGUUAAUAGCUCUCCACGGCUAAGCCCGGCGAGUCUCCGGUACAGUCUCCUGGUACUCCGGGGAAAAAAAGUCGCAGGCUUUUCGAGGAAAUCCUUGGUUGGGGUUAUAACUGCUGAUGAGAUCAGACAAUGGAAGAAUUUGCAUAUGGUUGCAUACGAAACCACAGUUUGGGACCGUUUAGGCCGGCUUUAUUGUUCCCAAACAGACCGAAGAGUGAAAUGGAGAGAGACUUUGUUGUUACGUUGUACUAAUUGCUUCAUCUUACAUGCUUCUGUCCUCAGCCGCUUAAAUGGGAUAGUGGGAAUACUCAUUACUAUCAAUGUCAUGUUGCUCCCGAUGGGGCCUCUUAUGGAGAAAACUGGAACACACCUGCACAAGGUUUUGGGUGAUGAAAAUGUUUUAACCGUCAAAUUCGCGCACGUGUCAAGAGAGGAAAACCAUUGUAUUGACCCUUACCCUGCAUACAAAUGGAUUGCUAGGAAUGGUAUCAUGGUUGGAUUACGCCGUUAUCAAUUUUUUGACUCGAUAGCUUCGAAUGAUAUGCAAAACCCCUAUAUCUUCUCUGGAAAGUCAAUUCAUAAAAUACGUAUGCAUCUUAUGAAUGUGCAUACAUUGCCAUCUCUGGCCAGAUAUAUGGCAAGGUUCUCUUUAAUUCUCUCGAAGACAAAGACGCUUGAAGUUGACAGGAGUGGAUUUACACUCGAGCAAAUCGAUGAUAUACACUGCCAUGAUCAAUACGGUAAUGAUGUUCUUGAUAAGAGUGGGAAACCUUGUAUACAUUCAGAUGGAACUGGCUACAUCUCUGAGGACCUUGCUCGGUUGUGUCCAGUAAAUGUAUAUAAAGGGAAAUGUCUCAGAAGUGAUAAUAUUCAGCCUCUGCUGAUCCAGUUUCGGAUGUUCAUAGAUGGCGCUGCUGUUAAGGGGACUUUUCUCUUGAACAAGAAAGUGUACGAAGAUUUAACCUUGUCAAAUUUUAGCACCUUUAACUCCAUCGAGGUAGUCACUACAAGUAAUCUACCAAGAAAGGCGAAGCUAUCGAGAAAUUUGAUCGCGCUGCUGAGCUACGGAGGAGUUCCUAAUGAAUUCUUUUUGGAUAUUUUUGCUCAACACGUUGGAAGAGACGAAGACCCAGCUAGUCGUAAUUAUUGGAAAAUGGAUGAUAAUAUGGCUGCAGAAAUGGUCAUGGCUCUUAUUCCUCUUGAUGAGCCAUAUUUGAAGGACCAUUUGUCUAUUCUCUUAAACACAGAGAAAAAUAAUCUCAAAGCAGGAAAGCUUCCUGUGUCUGAAUCAUACUAUCUCAUGGGGACAGUGGAUCCGACCGGAGAACUAAAGGAAAAUGAAGUCUGCGUCAUCCUCGAGUCUGGUCAAAUUUCAGGGAUUUAUAGGAAUACCGGAUUACAUUUUGGAGACAUACAUGUACUUAAGGCUACAUAUGUUAAAGCCUUAGAAGACUAUGUAGGAAAUUCCAAGUAUGGUGUGUUCUUCCCUCAGAAAGGUCCAAGAUCUUUGGGCGACGAGAUUGCAGGUGGUGACUUUGAUGGCGAUAUGUAUUUCAUAUCCAGAAAUCUCAAGCUUCUUGAACACUUCAAGCCAAGUGAACCAUGGGUGAGUUCUUCUCCAAUUUAUACUGGUACAAAACCAAGUGACUUUCCACCGGAAGAGUUGGAAGCAGAGCUUUUCAAAAUAUUCUUAAAGACAAGAUUUGAUCCUAGAAUCUCAUAUUGCAGAGAGAAGCCCCCACAAUCUGAAAUCAAGAAACUCCCUUGUUUUGAAGUUGAGACGUUCCCUGAGUCUCACAUGAAGAGAUGUGGUCUCUGGUACCAGAAAUACAGAGAAGAGAUGAACCAGGCGUUGAAGCAUACCGAUGAAAAUAUUAAGAAGAAAUCAGCCAAUGAAGUUAACCAGAGAUUCAAGCAGGAUUUCUAUGGUGCUGCAUGUCUUGAAGAAAGCAAGAGAAGUCUGGAAGAACUUUACUCGGAAGCCCUUGCACUUUACAACGUCUCUUACGAUUAUGCCAUCAAGUGGAAUAACAUUCGAAAUUGCGGUUUUGUUUGGAAGAUUGCUUGCUAA